AUGUCAGACCUAUUCGCCUCGCAAUUGAGCCAGUUCAAGAAGAGUGUGCGAAACUCUUCGACAACGCUUCCCAUGCAACGCCGGGUGCUUGACAAGCCCGCAGUCAAACGUCCGAACGAUGCACACACUAAUACAGAGCCAAAGAGAAUCAGAACAAUCGAGUACGAGUCUGCGCCUGCUAGCUCGCUUUCGAUCCGAUUAAUGACCGCUUCCGAUUUCAUCAAGUCUGGAGACAAGCCGGUGACUCUUGACGAGCUCGAGAGACACAUCAAGUGCAAAGUCGACCCAAAACUGCUGAAAGUCCUCACAAACGUUGAUAGAAUCAAGUACGACCCUGUCAACCAGACGCUCGAAUAUCUGUCGCUUCACAACAUCAAGACCGGUGACGACCUCAUCAAGGUUUUGGAAAACCAGCCAACAUUCUCCGGCUUGUCUGUCAAACAGCUGAAAGACGGAUGGAGUGGCUGUAUAGAAACUCUGGCUCAAUUGGAGAAAGAACAAAAGAUCAUCGUUCAUAAAACGAAGAAAGAAAAUGUUCCUCGUCACAUCUGGCUUAACGUGGGAUUCUACAAGUUAGAAGAUGUUGUCGACUCGGAAUUCUAUAACCUUUGGGCUAAAAUCAAGGUUCCUAAAGGAGACGAUCUCGCCAAACAGCUCAUCGAGACCGGCUCCAAGCCUACAAACGUCGAUCCCGACUCUGUCAAGAACAGAAAGGUGGCGCCUGUUCAAGAAAGAAAGCAAAAGAAAGCUAGAAGAGGCAAGAUCACCAAUACUCACAUGAAAGGUAUACUUAAGGAUUACAGUAAGAUGUCAUGA